AUGGUCAUCGCUGACUACGGCAAUCAUCGUAUUAUCCAAUGGAAGGCGGAUGAUACGAAUGGACAAGUAGUAGCUGGUGGCCAUGGCCAAGGAAAUCGAUGGGAUCAAUUGGAUCGACCAACCGAUGUGUUGUUUGACAAAGAGACGGAUAGUCUCAUUAUUUGUGAUCGAAGGAAUCAACGAGUCGUACGAUGGUCUCGUCGUAGUGGUACAACUCAAGGAGAAAUUCUCAUUGACAACAUCGCUUGUUAUGGAUUGGCCAUGGAUGAUCAGAGAUAUCUCUACAUCUCUGACAACGACAAACAUGAAGUAAGACGAUAUCAAAUAGGAGACAAGAAUGGAACUCUUGUGGCUGGUGGCAAUGACAAAGGUGCUGGUCUCAAUCAACUCAACUGGCCGAACUACAUCUUUGUCGAUCAACAACAGACUGUCUACGUGUCGGACAGGGACAAUCAUCGUGUAAUGAAAUGGAAUAAAGGUGCAAAAGAAGGAAUUGUCGUCGCUGGAGGUCAAGGCGAAGGGAAUGCUCUGACACAAUUGUCGUAUCCUCAAGGACUGUUCGUCGAUACAUUGGGUACCAUCUAUGUGGCAGACAUGGUGAAUAAUCGAGUGAUGCGUUGGCCAAAAGAAGCGAAACAGAGCACUGUCAUUGUGGGUGGAAAUGGUCAAGGAGAAGGAGCAAAUCAGUUCAACUAUCCCGUCGGUUUGUCCUUCGAUCGACAUGGUAAUCUCUAUGUCGUCGAUUGUGAAAAUGAUCGUGUUCAACAAUUUUCUGAUGGAGGUUGGUAA